AUCGAAACGCCAGGUCUCUGGGCGACUCCCACUUCCUCCCAUUGUCCCAGCGACCCCCAUUGUUCCCCUUUGUAAUUUUACCUCCACAUGUCAACCAUGGAUCACGGCAGCUCUCAUGAGAAGUCCAAUGAUGUCUUCUCCUUCGGCGACGACGAGGAACUAACACGCAGAUUACGCUUUAUCAAAGAAGUUGGCUUCGGAAACUGGGGCAGCGUCUGGAAAUGCGAACCCAGAUCUACCGAGAUGCUCUCGACCGGUGACAGCUUUGAUCAAUCUCUCAAAAGCAGCUUUGCCGUCAAGCUGGUUCAUCGUCGAGGGGGAAAACCUGAGGAAGUUAAGACGAGUGCUGCACGCGUCAAAUCAUUAUGGAACGAAAUGAGGAUCGUUCGACAGUUCAAGUUAGACCCCCACCCUUCGAUCAUCCCCUUCUAUUCCUUUCUUCUCACUCCUUCCUAUGCUCUCGUCACAAUGGCAUACUACCCAGACCUCAUCACAGUACAAGUGGCCGAAACGUACGCUCGAAGAUGGUUCCGAUUCCUGCUUUCUGCCGUAGAAUACCUUCACAAGCGUGGCGUUGUUCACAAUGACAUUAAACCUGCGAACAUCCUGAUGUCUCCGAAAGGUGUCCCAGUCCUGUGUGAUUUUGGCUUUGCGGAGUCGUAUGACCUAGAGUCAUCUACUGCAUUUCACAGUCGCUGCUCCUACGGCACACCAGAGUAUCUUUCUCCGGAACGUGCUCGUGGCAUCCCUCACGACACUCGCAAGUCGGAUAUGUGGUCACUGGGAGUUACAUUUUUUGAGGUUCUUGUUGGACGAACUCCCUUCGAAGAAUCUGAUACAGAUAAUUGCUUAACCCACGAAGACCUAGAGAAGUACUGGUCACGCACCUUAAGGGGAAAGUGGAUUGGCAGUUGGAAGAUGUCAAAAGGAGUAGAGAAGCUUUUGCGACGCAUGUUGGCUCCAAAUGCCGACCUGCGUUGUACUGCUACAGAAGCGAUGAAGGAUUCUUACUGGAUGACCGAUGUUCAAUCUUCCCACCGUAAAUCUUCCAGCUAUGGCUCCUCAAUUGUGUUUGAGAAGGACAUUACCAAGUUGAUGGAUAUUUCGACACCGUGGACCUCCCCGAGUAAUGGAGAUGGUGACAAGUCUCGGAUUGUGUCUCGGAUUGUGUCUCCGGACUCCAGCGCGCGAACCAAAACGGUGAACAAGUCCAAAUCACAACCUAAAGUGAACGCGACGAAGGCGCCCAUUCGGAAACGUGCCGGUCCCAAGCCAGUCGACCUGUCUCCCAUCAAAGGAUCACCUCCUACUUCCCCGAAUGCUGUCACCAUUAAGAACGUUCUGUCGGAUGGAAACCCUCGGAGACGUCAACCUUUCGGCGUAGUCAGCCCAAGUCAAAACAACAUUCCAGCACUCAAAAUGGUGAACAAGCCAUCUGGCGUUCAAUUGACAGAGAAGAACAGAGUAGGAAUGCUCGCCGAACUAGCGGGUCCUUCAAAGAAAGGCAAAGGGAAGGAGAAUCAUGUUACGCAGAGGGUUCAAGAUUGGGAACGUGAGAGGCAAAGGCUAAGAGAACUAUCGCGCCUUGAGGAGCUAGAGAGAGAUGUGGCAACUGGGGAUCAAGAACCCUCCGAAGGUCAAGUGAGGGAGGAUGAUCGGAAGAAGUCCGUUAUGGACGAAAAGGAGCAGGAUCAUAGGGAACCCUCCCAUCCUGAUUUUUCAUCUUUAUCUCUACCGCAGAUUCCCGUGACAAGCCCGAUGCGCGUUCCAUCGGUACAUGUCACGACAAACGAUCCCGAAUCAGUGAUGCAAACUAGUAUCGAAAGAAGGCGUUCAGGCUUUUUCACGCAUAGAAUCAGAGCCUCUAUCGACAGGACUAUGCAGAAAUACAAGUCAUCCACCUUAGGGAGAAAUAACUCACUUCGCGAUCUUACUACUGACAGGCAAGAGGAACUGGAAUCAAGAGUCAGUCACAGCGAGAGGGAGUCCUGGGAAGAUGAGGCUCUCGUUCGGGAAGCCAAAUCUUCAUUACCAGUCGUUAGACGAGCGAUCCAUAACGAACGCGUUGGCGCUGACAAUCAGGUUGACCGCCUCCACCUAUGGAUGAGAAACGUAGAGCGCGUCGUUGAAGAUGCCCGACAAUCCUUUACGAAUGGUCAAGCUGCAACCCUGCCGCCACUCCCUCUGCCUCCUGCUUCUCGCCCUCACAGUAACCGCACAUCCCGCCUCCCUAGGCGAGUGUUGGCGGCCAGCGAGAUAUUUUCCGAUCAGUCUCUGCCUGAUUCAAGCGCCAUUGACCAGACUAUGUCAUUCUAUAUCACGUCUGCAAAACCUACCGAACCUACGGCCAUUCCUCCUGAGCCUCAUGUUACACCCUCUCGCCCCCGCCGAGCAACGGUAUCGAUCUCUUCACCUGCACACGUCACUUCCCCAUUCGAAUUGAACGAAUCUCCGUCUAAGAGGAAAGAAAAGAGCAGGUCUUAUGGAAAUCUUCUGCAGUGUCAUAUUACACCUCCUUCCGAAUUAGCGGCCGCCCUCAAUCAAGAACCUGAUCCACCAUCGUCUCCUCGACUGUCUACAGCCGUGGACAGAAGUAUAUUUAUUUUGCCCCCGGUUAAGAGCCGGGAUGAUGUUGACCAUCUCAAUACGCCUCCACCAUUCAGCAAGUCAUUUGAUGAGCUGACGUCCUCCCCGCUGAUUGUCGAGCCUUAUCCGCCGCGAGAGUCGUAUACACCAGAUCGUCCGGUUCCCGAUUCUCCCGCCCAGCGCAAGCUUGAAGGAGUGUAUGAUCGGUUCUUAAUGGCCACAUCUGGUGUCAAACGGGUCGGAAAAGGAUAUCAAUCAGAUAUACGUGGACCUGUACACAGCACCGUGCAACCUCCGGAGAACGUUCCUGCGAGACAUCGAGUGUUCUAUUCUACCCGCAGACAGAUGCCUCCUCCGGUAUCCAGCGAUCAAAUGCAUAUUGUGGUGGAUGAACUCGGCGUCAUGUCCUCUACGCCUGUAACAGGAGCAGAGCACGAAAUCUUCGGAGAUCAGAGCAAUACAACAGUUGCCAUUGUUCGCCGUGCGUUCAAGGCUAUGGUUCCGGGGAAGACCCUCAACAGGCGGCUCUCCCGCCUCAGCUAAUGUUUUUACAUUUCACCUUGUUGCAUUUUCCCUUUUCACUAUUUUCAUUUUGCUGCUCUAUUUCUUCCUCCAUUGCCUUCUCGUUUUGCUUUGCCAUCAUCUCUUCUACCCACACUCGUUCAUCGUCCAUCAUCUUUCAAUCAUCUUCUCAUACGCAUAUUUGCCGUAUAUACCUCUGCUCUUAUCCAUGUCUUGUUUGCUUAUCGUUUUUGCUAUCGAUUUUUUUUUCCAUAUCCAUGACUGAAACGUUUUUUUUGGCAUUAUCAUCCACUUAUUUUAUUUCUCAUGGUUAUUACGACUGCUUGACGCUCUGUUCAGUGAAUGGCUUACUUAUGCGUAGUUGAUUAUUCUCAUUGAUGUCCAAUUCACGUUGAAUUCAUGCCUUU